AGUUAUGCAAACAAGUAGUAGGGCUAGGGCUGUAGUCACAGUCAUAGAAAAAGAAAUAGAUGAUCAUAAGGAGUAAAAUUAGAUUUUCACGACAGCUGACGUUGGCGGCUUCAGAAGGCGCAAAAGAUGAGUGGUGUGCAGGUACUACUUCUUUGACCCCUGGUGCAUCAAAAUCGUCAUCCAUUGCAGCGUUUUUUUAUUUCUAUCCUUGUGUCUUUUCAAGACGAAAUAUCUUUCCCCAUCUUCACCAUCGCCAACAUCAGGACACCUCCACCGCUCCACCUGCCGGCUCCAAGAAGCCAAGACUAGCAACAAGCUCGCUCAUCAUGGCACCCAUGUCUGCUCCGCAGAGUCCAAAUGCCAGAUCUGUUGUCUCCAACUCUAGCAGUCGCGGGAGACAACGAGUUAAAGGAAGUUUAAGGGUACAGGCCAAAGGUGUUCCUGUUACCGUUUCUUUUGCCUUUCUGAAAAAGGAAAGGCAUAACGAAUGGGGUAAACGAGCACCAAAAGCCUAAGUACCUCUAAGAAGUAGGCCGAAGAGAACUGCAGGACCCAGAGUGGCUGUGGAGAGCAGACAUGCAGUUAGCAACAUUCGGAAAAGAGGCAGACUUGAUGAGGACUUGAUAGAAGUUUACUCGGAUUACUCAGUAGAAGGUGAAGAUGGCGAAGCGCCACUAGAACAACCAUCCCAAAGCACCAGGCGUCAAGAACAAAGGAGUAAUAAGAGAAUAAGUCUGGCAGAUGAGCUGCUGUUGGCAGGUAUUGUACUUGAUCAAGAUGCUUCUGGGCGAACAGACAAAAGGGGAAUCGAACCAGAGUCAUCCGCCUCUGUUUCACAAGAUUCUACUUCCUCUUCCGGUUUUUAUAAUGAAGCAGAAGGAGUGGAGGUAUCCGAAAAUGAGCAAGAUAAGAGCAGCAGCACUGUUGUAGGGGAAAUCCAAGAUCAUACACAACGUCUCAAUGAAGAAGUUGAAGAAAGCACGGCAAAUAAUUCGCUCUCAGAGCACCUUCCGGUCAGCGUCGAUGAGCCAGCAGAUAACCUAGUUGUACAAACCACUAACAACAACAAUAAUUAUGAGUCUGAACAGAUUCCUAUUUUGGCAGGUAGUCAGACAACCUCACGCUCAUCCUUUGCGGGCGAACUCUAUCCUCCUCCUUCUUCAUCGAAGGAAGUUUCCGUUCAGGAGCAACAAUCUUCGCAAGAGAUAGAGGAGCAACAGCAAGAACAAGAACAAAGACUUUUACUUGUGAACAACUCGAAGAAGGUGAGGACGAAUCCUUUCUCUAUUACAGAGGACGAACAAUCGUCUCCUUCCCCAGCACAAAGAGGUGUACAACCUUCUUCAGCAGCAGGAAGAAAUGUAGUGGCAAGACCUGCUCUAGUAGCACCUCUCGAGCAUGCGACUGACUACUUCUAUCGCUCUGGGGCAGCAGCCACGUUGAGAAAUGGUGUUGCUGCAUUGACAGAUGUAGUCCAGAAGAUGCAGGCGGAUACUUCGGAAGAUGAAACAAGUGAAGGUGAACAUCUUCCAAAUAAAAAUAUCAAGACGCAAUAUAAAAAUAGUGGUGAGCAAGAAGUCCUCCUCGAAGGAGGAGAGCCUGGUGUCGAGGAUGAUCCGUUUCUCUCCUCACAGCACGUUGUUCCAGCAGAAGUGGAUGUGGAUACUAGUCGACAAGUAUUUGCUCCUCUGCAACCCCAGGUCGUCGUGCACAAACACAUCAUGCGUCGAGGAUCGAAGUCUCUAUCUCCUCGAUCUGUGUCAGAGUCAGAGAUCAUGAGCAAGAACAACACACGACGAAACACGACUAGAGAAGGUGGGCAACAAGAACAAGGUUCUGCUAGAAGUAGUCUAGUCGAACAUUUUGACAUCUCUUCAACGCCUGAAGAUGACGGUGAAUUAAGGCUACCGCUGAAGCAUCCUCAACAUUAUCCUUGGCUCUCUUUCUACUUGAAAAGGAAGCCAAGGAUGCUCUCAGGGAUGCGACCGCGGUAGCUCUAAAAAGUGAAGAUGUUGGGAGCAGUCCACCUGUUGUUGAAAAUUAUUAUACCGCUCUACGAAAAACUGGAGCAAUCUCCAUGUCGAUGUCAGCACCUCAAUCUCCUCAGAAAGACGACUUCGUCCUCGCUGCUGCCCGUAGAAAGUCUGCUUACUUGCAACAUCAGAUAGACAAACAAAAACAAUUUGAGAGUCAGUUUGUGGAUGUGACGAGUACGACUUCCCCAGCGCGUCAUCUAGUGCAGCAAACUGCUGAAGCGUUGUCGCCGGCUAAGGACUGGUUGCAGAACAACUUUACCACUUUCACGGAGAAGCUGAAAAACGAACAUGAGCAGGACAUUCAAAAGAUGAAGGAUGGCACGGAAAUGCUGUCUCGUUUUUUCGUAGGGAUAUCUUCCGGAUUAUCAACUGCAGUUCCGUCUUCUGCAUCAGAAGCAGAUGGUGGAAAUGUGCUAGGAUUUUCUUCGAGUAGUUCUUCCUCUUCCUCCGCAGCCGAAAACGAAGAACCUGAAGAAGCCAAAGGUGCUGCAGCUUCUAAAAGUAAAGGGGGGGCUACACGUGGUCUAGACAACGUGGAUAAUUUUGUGCAGGAGUCUGCUUUUCUUGUCAGUGAAAAGAAGCGGCCUCUGCUUGAGAGAAAACUACAACGGGGCAGGGGGGACAAGAACGAGGUUGUACACCAGAGGCACAUGAGACCUCCUGCUCUUGCAAGUGCAUCCUCCUCUGAGUCAGGAUCUCAAGUGCAGCCUUUUGACAUAGAGCAGCAUCUUCAGCCUGCUUCCUCAAAUAGAAGCAGAUCAUCCGAAUCGGCCUCGAUGAGUAUGAGCAGUCGUGGUUCCUCCAAAUUGUCCUCUUCCGUUGCUUCGGCAGCUUCCGGGCGAAGUAGCCCCUCUAGUAGAACAAGCUCGCAGAGAAGCAGAGAUGAUCCCAGAACUCUUGCACUAGUGCAACAAGCGUUGAAAGAGCAAGAUCGUAUGCAGUUAGCAAGAGGAAGCGCAAAAGAGUCGUUGCUGUCUACGAAGAUGUUCAUAGGAGAUGGGGAGGACAAGAAAUUCCAAUCCCAGCACAAGAACAUCCGGCGAACCACCCCCAAACGUGGAACCACCUCAACUUCAGCGCCAGUGCAGAUCGAACUAGCCAACAUCGCACUAGAAAAGCAAGACACACACUUGGAGGAAUUAGACCGCAUCACUGAAAGGCUAGAAAAUCAAGCAUUGAGGAUGCGGGAGGAGUUGCGCUAUGCGACAGAACAAGUGGAGCAUUCGGGAGUCAACGGGUUUUUAGCUGAAGAUCGGGAUGGAACGAGAGUGGGGGAGGGAUCUUAUGGAGGUUCUUGGAUCAAAAUUUCUUGAAAUAAAAUUUCUUUCUUUCUUCUCUCGUCCUUUCUUUUUUUCUUCUUCUAGACUUCUCUUCUUCUUUCUCCUACUCUUCUCUCUCUGCUUUAUCCAGCACUAAACCUUCUUCCAGCACUUUCUUAUCUCACGCUUAAUUAACCGCUAUUUAUUUCAUUCUCGAAUCUCGAUCUCUCUCUGUUUGCUUCACCUGGCAUGCGCUCGAGGAUGUCGUAGACAGCGAAGUAGACAAUGACAAAUUAGAAUGAUAAUAAAAAUAAUCUAAGCUAGGAUCAUCAUCAUGAUGCCUCAGCACUUCAGCUGCAUGAGAGUGGAUCACUUCAGAGUUAGAUGCCUCGCACUCUAAUGCUUUCUUUCCCUCGGGAUGCGCAGUUUUAGUGACCGGAUGAGCAGUUACACAUCUCGGCUGCAGGAGGUGCUGAAUUUGCAAAGCGACAUCGUGACGCUGAAAAGGAUCCUUAUGCUAGCCAUCAUCUUCUUCAUCAUGAGCUGGAUCACACUAGCUGCCUAUCUAUCGCCACGACAAGCAGGAGGAGGAACGUCGAGGGCGUAUUGACUUGGAUUGGGGCUGUUUUUGCUUGGGGACGUCAUCUUUUUUCUCAAAGCUUCGUUCGAAACACCUCAUCUACUGUCUACAUCAGAAGCUUCUUUAUUUUUCUCAUACACAUUAUUUAAGUUACCUCAACUUCAACAACAUACUAACCUAGCUUACUUAGACCAUCAAAAGAUAAUCGACCAUACUCAUACAACGGGAAACACAAGUUAUACUCUGUACUCAGACACAACGAUAUCAUAUUUUCACACGGGAUAAUUAUAAUAUGCCUGACUCUAAUAUGCACAGGGCGGAGUUCAUGAUUAUCGCGCGACUAUUGUCACUAAGAUAGCUCAAUAAAUUACACAGUUGACUCUUCAACAAAACAAGCUCAUUACCUACCAAACUGUAACAUUAACCAGGAGCAUUCCGUAUUCUUCACACGCUUACAUAUUAGAACUCGCACAUGAAAGCAUCCAGUAUAAUCAGCAGAGUCCUCUUAAUCUUCACAUUAUAAUUCCACAACUAUUCCUAGAAACACCGCGAAGUGCACUAGCAUCAAAAGAGAUGAACAAACGCAUCCUUACGCCCAGCGACUGCACGAAAAAUGAGGUUGGUCCAGCAUCCUCCAGUAUAGAAACGAGACUAGUCUGAAAAAUUAUACUCGCGAACGUGCAGCAUGAAGAACGUGUUCCAUCACCUGUAUUUUUGCCCGAGCCUUGAC